AAAGCAUGACUAUGUUUGGAUCAUAAGAGAAACUUGGAGUGCUUUUUUAUCGAAUGUUUUUCUGCCCAUUUUGUAUUCGUUGUGUUGCUAUAAUUCACACUUUGGGACCGUUAGUAGAUACUGAGGUUAAUGUUGUUCGUAAACAAAGAAGAAAACCUCUAGAUAAUGCAGAAGGAAUCACGUGCAAUAUUGGAAGUAUUGCAAUAUUAAAAGAAAGUGGUAUCGACCUAGCCGCUCGCGGCAGAAGAUUUUCCUAGACAACUGUCGUUUUUCAUUGUGAAAAAGAUGCAAACUGAUGACCUGUGCUUUUCAUCUAUUUCUGGAUUUGGAAUAUUCCUAUCGUAACGAUAAAUCAAAACUUGCAAUAACCUAGGUCAACAAAACACGUUUAUUUAGCAUUUGGGCAGCUCACACACUAUUCAUACAAUGGAUUAUAAAGAAGAAAAAAAUGAUUUGCGUGUUCGUUUAGCCAAUUCGUAUAUGGAAUCUGAGGAUUUUUCAAUGGAAGACAAUCCAACACACUUUGACGAGCUCUAUAUGUCUCCACGAAUUGUUGAACAUCAUAUUUUAAACCGCGGAAAUACAAACGUACAUGAAAACAUCGAUGAAGAAAUCAAUUCAGUAAAAAGCUAUAAGGCAAUCUUCUAUAAAGGAGACAGUUUGGCUAGCACUGUUUACUUGGUCGGAAGUUCAGGAACAGGGAAGACAAUUUUUUCCAGAAAAUGCGUUUUGGAAUGGAGUUACCAUCAUUUAAAGAUCCAUGACGAUGUUCAAUCAACACCAAAAAUGAAUGAUUUGUUUACGGAUAGAGAUUUUUUUGGUGGAAUUGACUUCUUAUUCCAUAUACGGCUACGGGACGGAAAUAAUGUUUGUUCGCUCACAGAUAUGAUCAAGGACCAAUUGAUUAGCAGAAUAUAUGAUAAAGAGGAUAUUGAAAAAGAAUAUAAGCUUAUUUUAAAAGUUUUGGAUGAGAAUGCAUGUCUGAUUGUUGCAGAAAAUCUACAUGAAUGGGCACAUACGCCAGAGGCAUCAUGUGCCUGUACACACUUGGAAAAGGCUGAUACUCCGUCUUUUACAUAUGCAAAGAAAGCAUGCAUUAUGUUGACCACUCGGCAUUGGCGCUUCCAUUCUAUCAGAUCAGCCGAAUUAAGAGCAAAUACGUAUUUUGAAAUUGAAGGAAUACUUGAUCGAAAAGGUUUUGUAAAGAAAGCGAUUUUGGCGAAAAACGGACACGAAACAUACGUGGACACAUUUUUUACACAUUUUGCUGAUAGGAAGUUCGCAAAAAUGUUGUCCGUCCCAUUUUUUUCGAUGCAGCUGGUAGACCUAUAUUUAGAACUAGACACACCAAAAACCGCUCUUUGCGACAUAUGUUCAAGCAUUGUCAAAAUGCGUCUUAAGAAAAUACCGACAUAUCACCAAAAGGCACCUCAAACAGACCCGGUACACAAAAGGAGAAAACUGAGUGUAAAACACGAUGAGGUUGUUGAAGCUUUAUCAGAACUGGCAAUUCGAACGAUUGUUUCGCGUGAAUCGAGUUUGAACAGGGAGUUUAGUCAGGACCUUGUAGAUGAAAUGUUGACAGUGUCAGAAAAGACUAUAGCUCUCAAAUCUGGAAUCUUACAGCAGCAACAUUUGAAUGCCAAACAGUCGGUCAUGAAAGUUUCCUUUUGUCACAAGUCGAUUCAAGACUUUUUAGCCGCAAAGUUUCUGGUAAAUCAUGAUGACGCAUUUGAAACACUCAUCAAAUCUUGCAAGGAACAAAACAAUUAUCUUACAUGUAUAAGAAUAAAGCAAGUUCUUAUUUUUACAUUUGGUUUGAAACCGAGGCUUGGCGAAGAGAGUGGAUAGACGAUGUUUUCUCUCAGCACAAUAACUAUUUAUUACCAAAUGAAAGGUUCAAGUUUAAAGACAAAGCGUUAUCUCUUCAAUGUUUAAUGAUUGACGCUUAUCGAGAAGCGCAAGCAAAGAAGCACAUCGGUAUUAAAGUUACCAUUUCCAACUUCAUCAUUUUGGACGACGAGCAAAACAAAGACGAUCUUGUUGAUUUAAUACGCAUGAAUAAAACAAGGGUCAAGUCAAUUUUCAUCAAUAAAAGUAAUGCCAUUUUCAAUUACACCGACCUUCAAGGGAUUUUUAACGACUCUUCACAAACUCUCAUGGCUGUGGAGCUAGAUGAAAGAGAUGGUUGUUUUGACUUAACCAAAUGCAAUAACAUACGUUACAUGUGGCUUCAAGGAACAGAUUGUACCUCCGUUUUGCUUGACCCAACACAUAUUGUUGCACUGGAAUUACGAAACACAUCACAUGCCAUUGAACAACAAAUCUUAGAUGGCAUUUCUACGAAUUCCCCAAACCUACUCCACCUUUCAUUAUCUAAAAUGAAAGAAGCUCAACUGUUACAUCAAACCAUUCCAGAGCUAACAUGCCUGCAGACAGUCUAUAUUGGAGAUACUGACUUUGGCGAACGCUGCAUUUAUUUUCCUCCUUCAGUGAAGGGAGUAACAUUGUGUAAUGUGACUAUGUCUGCAAACUCGAUGAUUGGAAUGCUUAAGAAAAUAGGCACAUCAAACAUGUCUGCACACAUCUUUCUACACAAUUGCAUUGUCACAGAUAAGUCAAGGUUACAGAACAUUAGGGCUUCGUUGGAAACAUCAGAGGGUCUUUCAGUCAAAUCGUUUCAGGAAAAGGUCAACCAUUUGUAUGCACAUAUCACUACCUUGCACGUACAAAGCGUGGAUGAAGAACCAGAAACAAGUAUUAUACCAGACAGGGCGAAACUGAAUGUCAUUUGCGCAGAAAAGGGGAGAAGAUCAGACGAAGUACUUGCAUUUACCGAUACGAUUUGCGACACAAUCAGAGAAAAACUGGAUUCGCAUUUCACGGCACGAAACCUGAAAACAAAGGUCGUGGAUAUAUAUGCUUCGUACCCAAAAGAGGAUGAAAUAAGUAUAAUUUUUGUUAUCACAAAUACACAUAAGGUUCAGGAUGAGGUCGUUAUGCAAGUUGUAGAUUAUGGAUUUGUAUUGAAAUCUUUAGAUUCAGCGACAACUGAAAGUAAAUUGAAUGAGGCAGAAUUUGAAGACUUCUUGCCUCAGGCGGAUAUAUGCAAACUAAACCAAUAUAUCUCCAUUAAUUCAAAGCAACUUUUCCAAUGCCAUUCAAAUUUAAGAAUAGUUACUGGUAGUAGAGUUGAUGUUAGCCGCUUUUCAGAAAGGAAAAGAGUUUGCAUUCAGUUGUUUGUCCACGCUAAAGGCUUCAUCCCUCUUCGAGAGGAGCCUUUUCCAAAACAAUACGAAGGCUUUACAGUGAUCGUUUCUGAAGGUAUUUGCGUUCUUUAUACAAACUUGGCUGCGACAGAAAGACACGAUGAGCUUAAGAUUGGAUGUCAAAUAAUGAGGGCUGAACUAUUUGAUGCCAAUCAUUUGCCAUUGAAUGGAACGCUUGGUGGUUUUUUCGAACAUCCUGAAUAUGGACUUUGCGGCAUGAGUUGCGCUCAUGUACUCUUGAGUAAAACAGAGCUGACACGUUGUAAAGAAAACAAUGGAAAAGUGCAUUACCCCGACGUGAAUGCUUCCGUUUACCAACCAAGUUAUGCAGAAUCAAACAAAAUAGGUCACUUGGUCCAGGCGAUAUAUGAUGAAGGAAAUGAGCAAGAGGCCGGAGUAGAAUUAGCAGUAUUUAAUAUAUCCGACAGAGAGCCAUUAUCUGGAGCCUUCCCAGCAAUAAAAUUAGACGAUCACGCGGUGUCGCAUUUUAAAUCUUAUAACAGCGGUACAACGCUCGGUAAAGCACUUUUGACAGGAAAACAAGUUUGGAAAUUUGGAAUGGCUACCCAGCUUACUGACGGUUACGUUGGGACUAUUGUCUGCUCUAUUAAGGUUCCUCCGCUAAAGUACGAUUUACUUGGACACUCACUCGAAUUAUAUAAUCAACUUCAAGUAUAUUCACGAAACAAAAGCGAAACAUUUGCUGACAAAGGUGAUUCUGGAGCUCUUGUGUUUUAUGACAGGCCAAAUGGCGAAUCAGUUUGCGUCGGAAUGGUAGUAGGAGGUUGGAUUGGGGAAGAAAACGUAGCUGCUGUCAUGCCAAUAGAUACAAUCAUUCGUCAGUUAGGUGUACAACAGCUAAAACCCUUUUUUAAAAGCAUUGUUAGUGAAGAUAUUGUUAACUUGCGAUCUGAACUUAACAAAACUAAUGAAAAUGUCGAGCGUUUGCGCGGGGAAACGAGACAAAGUGUAGACCAGAUAAACAGUAAACUUGAUGAAUUAUUAAGGAUAAUUCCAAGCAAUCAAUAAUCUAACAUCUGAGACUAAAGAUCCUAAAAUGACGUUUAGAAUAUCCAAAACCGUGUUACAAAGUUUGUAAACAAUUUUCAUUUGGUUGACUUAUUUAACUUGUAUGUAAAUAUCAUUUCUUAGCCUUAAAGGCCUAGUUUUAGCCUUCUAUAAGUGACCCCCUUCCACCAACCCUGUAUUGUACGUUGUGAAUUGAUCUAAAUCUAAUUGCCUAAUUGUCUUCUCAGAUCUCAGAUCUGAAUAUCCUGCUGUGCAGUUUCGGAGGUUUUAUUAUAGAAAUGGAACCUAAAUGGCCCCGAGCCAAUAAACAAAAAUCAGGAAAUUGGCCCUUACUGUGACAUAAGUGCAAUUAGCAGGAGAAGCACAGCAGGGAUUUGUCAUGCCAAACAUUCCUUAAACUAGGCCUUUAACGAAUAGCAAUUUAUGUUAUAUUAACUAAACAUUUGUAAAUAUGAUUGUACCAUGUCUGCAUGCCGCACUAUAAUGGGUUGAAGAACGUGGUUUGGAAGUUAUUGUUUUGAUAUACCAUAGCAAUGUUGAGGCUAUGCCAUUAAUACCGCCUGUUUGUCUAAGUCAUUUGGCUAGAAAAUGAUAAAACUAACGUUACACCUUUAACGAUUAAAUACUUUUAUUUUCAUCAAGAGAUAUUCUCACAUGAAUCAAUGUUUUCUGUUGACUGUACUUCCAACUGGUGUACAUGGCAUUUAAAUGUGUGGCAGGUUAUGCUUGAUUUAUAACACAAAACGUUAAUAAAAUUAAUGAUUUAAUAUUAUAUAAAUAUAUAAAGAUGUGUUUAAGAGGUUACUUGUUUGUACCUGGUUUCAUUCAAAUAAGUCAAUAAAAUUGUUUUAGAAUGAAAAAUGUAAAAUGUGUUAAUAAUGAGGUAGAAUUUAUCGCUAUUUUUCAAUGUGAUAAACCAUUUUUUAUUAUAUUAAAUAAAUAAUUUAAAACGACAUUGAAGAUAAAUGGUUUGUGAUGAUUUCCUUAUACAGAUUGAAAUUAAAUUAUUCGUGUUAAGUAGGUGUAUGUUUUCAUUGUGGAAUGAGGUAAAAAUAAUCAGUCAUCACGUUAGCACAGAACGAAGCGUACAAUGCCCAUGAUGCGACAUGAGUUACCGAACACAUCAGAUUCAAAUUCACAUAACGGUGUGAUGUUGCAGUAUGUAACUUGUAAUUAUUAAAGAUAAAGAGACGGUAGGAAAACAAGUUUAAACUUCUUUUGGUAAAAUACAGAUGCAAGAAAGUUGUUAAGAAAUACUAAAUUACUUAGUAUGAACAUGAUCAUAGGAUUUGAAUUUUGUCAAUUCAACAAUAUCUUUUCUCAAUAAAAACCAACAAAAAAUCAAAAUCGGACCGGCUUUUUUCAAUGAACCAAUACCUACUGAUCAUUUCAAUGAAGCAAUACUUACUUAGACAGGAAAAGAACUUCUUAAUGUAUGAAUGCCUCAUUUCAAUCAUAUUGUUUGAUGUAUUUUAUCAGACAGUAAUUUUCCCAUGAUGUCAUUUUGGUCUGAUAACAUUCUUUGUUAACAUAUCUUUAUUCUGCUGCUUUUAUAUUUUGUGAAUAUUACAUUGUUUGAAAUAUAAAAACAUGCAGUGCGCAUAUGUUGACGUUUUAAAAUAUAUUCUUACAAAUAUGUUGUGCUUUUUUACGUGUUCAA